AUGUCCCCACAAGGAAAAAACUGUAAUACAACUUUCAUGACAGCCUCAACGAUGCUAGUAGCAACUCUUUUCCCCAGACGACUUCAUGAUGCAGGGGUGACCCUUGGUGGCUGGCUGCGUGAGAUUAAGCGACGUGUGGAAGAAGCUUGUGUUGUGAUCGGAAGUCUAUGGCGUGAUAAACAUUCUUUUUAUUUAAGCAAUAAUUUGUAG